CAGAAAGCACGACUUCACCCAAACCCAAACCUCUGCUGAUUUGAUUGUUUCUGCCAUCUUCAAUCGCGCGCCGCUGUGCCGUCGCUCAUCAUGGCAGACAUCAAAAUCGACAGCAAGGUCUUCCAGGAGCGCGUCUCGCACUUCUACAAUGCCUGGAAGGCCGACAAGCGCUCCGGAGACGCUCUCUUCGGUGGCGUCUCUUCCAUCGUCAUCCUGAUGGGCAAGGUCGACGAGAACCCCGAGUUUCACAAGAACAACGCUAUCCAUUUCUGGCUGCUAGGUUACGAGUUCCCGACGACCCUCAUGAUGUUUACCCUCGACACCAUCUACAUUCUCACCACCCAAAAGAAAGCCAAGUACCUCGACCAAGUGAAGGGCGGCAGAUACCCCGUUGAGGUCCUCGUGCGAGGGAAGGACGCCGCCGAGAACGAGAAGCUUUUCAUCAAAAUUACGGAUGCCAUCAAGGCUGCGGGCAAGAAGGUUGGCGUCCUCACCAAGGACACCUCCAAGGGCCCCUUUAUCGACGAAUGGAAGAAGGUCUAUGCCGAUAACUGCAAGGAUGUGGAGGAGGUUGACGUUGCCCAGGCUCUGUCUGCUGGCGCCUUCUCUGUCAAGGAUGAAACCGAGCUUCGCGCCAUGCGCACCUCGUCCAAGGCUUGCGUCGCCCUCCUGACCCCUUACUUCCUCGACGAAAUGUCCAAUAUCCUCGACCAAGAUAAGAAGAUCAAGCACAGCGCGCUAGCCGAUAAGGUCUUCAACAAACUGGAAGACGACAAAUUUUGGAAGACCGUUGAGCUGCCCAACCGACAGAAGCUCCCGGCUGACCUCGAUCCCGAGCAGUUGGACUGGAUUCUUGGACCGAUCGUCCAAAGUGGUGGCAAAUUUGACCUGAAGUGGCAGGCUGAUUCUGACAAUGAUAUACUCCACCCGGGAAUUAUCAUCGCGGCUAUGGGUCUCAGAUACAAGUCCUAUUGCUCCCAAAUUGCCAGAACUUUCAUGGUCGACCCCAACAAGUCCCAAGAAAGCAACUACAAGUUCCUACUUGCUGUCCACAACCUCAUUCUCAAGGAGAUCCGGGAUGGUGCCAUUGUCAAGGAUGUUUACACCAAGGCCUACAACUUUGUGCGGUCCAAGAAGCCCGAUCUUGAGAAGCACUUUCUUAAGAACGUCGGCUUCGGAAUCGGCCUCGAGAACAAGGACCCGACCUUGAUUCUCAACAAUAAGAACACCCGUACCCUCAAGGAUGGCAUGACACUGGUUGUGACCACCGGCUUCAGUGAUAUCCAGAACCCCAAUCCCCAGGACAAGAACAGCAAGGUUUAUUCCUUGAUCCUUUCCGAUACGAUCCGUGUCACUAGCUCCGAGCCGGUGGUGUUUACUGGCGAAGCGCCUGUCGAUGUUGAUGCCACCUCGUUCUUCUUCAAAGAUGAGGAAGAAGCACAGCCCACACCGAAGAAGGAGAAGCGGGACUCUAGGGUGGGUGCUGUUGCAACCAAGAACAUCACCAGCACUCGUCUACGCUCUGAGCGUAAUACAACGGUUGAUGAGGACGCGGACAAGAGACGUCGCGAGCAUCAGAAGGAACUUGCGCAGAAGAAACAGAAGGAAGGCUUGGCCAAAUACGCUGAAUCUACCGCUGAUGAGAAUGGCGUCGAAAUCAAAAAGUUCAAGCGCUUCGAAUCUUACAAGCGGGAUAAUCAAUUCCCGCCCAAGGUUAAGGAUAUGGGCAUCGUGAUUGAUCAAAAGAACGCGACCAUAGUACUGCCUGUUAUGGGCAGGCCGGUACCCUUCCAUAUUAACACCAUCAAGAACGCAAGCAAGAGUGACGAGGGCGAGUGGUCAUUUUUGAGAAUCAACUUCCUAUCUCCUGGCCAGGGUGUGGGUCGGAAGGAUGAGCAGCCCUUCGAAGAUGCAUCUGCGCACUUCGUCAGGAGCUUGACUUUCAAAUCAACCGAUGGCGAUAGGUAUGCUGACAUUGCAAACCAAAUCUCGAACCUCAAACGAGACGCUGUCAAGAAGGAGCAGGAGAAGAAGGAUAUGGAGGAUGUAGUUGAGCAGGACAAGCUCGUUGAAAUCAGAAACCGUCGGCCCGCCGUAUUGGAUAAUGUCUUCAUCCGGCCGGCCAUGGAGGGCAAGCGUGUGCCUGGUAAGGUGGAAAUUCACCAGAACGGUAUUCGCUACCAGUCACCUCUCAGCACAACGCAACGCGUGGAUAUCCUCUUUUCCAACGUUCGCCACCUCUUCUUCCAACCAUGUCAGCAUGAGUUGAUCGUGAUCAUCCACAUCCACCUCAAGGAUCCCAUUAUCAUUGGAAACAAGAAGAAGACGAAGGAUGUCCAAUUUUACAGGGAAGCUACCGACAUCCAGUUCGACGAAACCGGCAACCGGAAGCGCAAGUAUCGUUAUGGUGAUGAGGAUGAGUUCGAGGCUGAACAGGAGGAACGCCGGCGCCGCGCAGAGCUCGAUCGCCUGUUCAAGUCGUUCGCGGAAAAGAUUGCUGAGGCGGGCCGCAACGAAGGCAUUGAGGUGGACAUGCCACUCCGCGACCUUGGUUUCAACGGUGUACCGUUCCGCAGUAACGUGUACAUCCAGCCCACCACGGAGUGUCUCAUCCAGAUCACCGAACCUCCAUUUAUGGUUAUCACCCUCGAGGACAUUGAAGUCGCACAUCUGGAACGUGUUCAGUUUGGUCUCAAAAACUUUGAUCUGGUGUUUGUCUUCAAGGACUUCACGAGACCACCAUACCACAUCAACACCAUUCCUGUCGAGUCUUUGGAAGAUGUCAAGGAGUUCCUUGACUCGUCCGACAUUGCCUUCUCAGAGGGUCCUCUCAACCUCAACUGGGGCGUCAUCAUGAAGACGGUCACUGCCAAUACCCACCAAUUUUUCUUGGAUGGCGGCUGGGGCUUCCUGCAGAACGACAGCGACGACGAUGAAGUGGAGGAGGAGGAAGAGGAGAGCGCCUUCGAGAUUGACGAGAGCGAACUGGAGGACGCUUCCGAGUCUAGCGAAGAGGAUUCCGAGUACGACUCCAACGCCUCGGAGGAGGCCAGCGAUGAGGCGGAAGACAGCGAGGAAGAGGAGGGCGAGGAUUGGGAUGAGUUGGAGAGGAAGGCUAAGAAGCGCGACCGAGAGAGCGGCUUCGACGACGAGGAGGAACGCGCGGCACCCAAGAAGCGGAGAAAGUAGACUGAUUAGACUCGGUCUUCGUCCGCUUGAGCUCUUCUCGCGAUAUGACAAGGUUAAUCGGUCGACUUUUAUUUUCCUUGUGAGUUUGCAUAUCUUGGGAAAAGGGUUUCAAAAUCGGGCCUGUGUACAAGUUUGGCUUUCUUCAGACUUUCCCUUUUUUUCCUCUUUCCUAGGUCGGCGUGGAUUUGGUUUUGCGCAGUCUUUUCUUCUUCCGAUGGGCAAAUUUGUCUGGCGUGCAAAUGGGAUAUAUUGUUUGGUACUGUAGUAUGAACAUAGUAGGUAGUAGUAAACUACUUGUUUCACACAAUCUGGCAUAGUGACUGGUAUC